AUGGAUCUUGAUGCAAUCUUGGACGUAAAGAAUACAAUCUUGGAUGUAGAAACACUUCUUAACCUUUGUCCUAACAAUCUUGAGGCGUCAAGAUUGGUUCUCGAACAUCAAGCUAGGACGGGAGAAUCACGAUUUUAUUGUCCUUGUGUCAAGUGUGGCAAUGUGGUCAAAGUGAGCGAUAUUGAUUUACUUAGGGAGCAUGUACUUCAUCAUGGGUUUAGGCCGGAAUACCAUGUAUGGAUUUGGCAUGGUGAGGAGGGAGUAUAUGAACGGAAUUCUCAUGCAAAUGAUGUCCAUGAACAAGAAGACGUGACUCAUGCAUUUGGGGAAAUGGGGAAUGAUAAUGAGCACGAGGAUGAUGAGGAUGAUGAGGAUCAUGUGGAUGAGAUGAUGGCGAGUGGCGAGGAUGACUUAGGGAAACAUUCUCUUGUUUUUGAGUCUUUGACAGAGGCAGCUCAAAAGCCACUGUAUCCUGGUUGUAAAAAGUUCACUAAACUGUCUGCCGUGUUGACACUUUUCAACAUUAAAUCCAAGGGAAAUUGGACCGACAUUAGUUUCUAUUCCAUGUUAGAAGUGUUAGGUGAGAUGUUUCCCGAUGGCAACGAACUUCCAAAGUCGACCUAUUAUGCUAGAAAGCUCAUGUGUCCCUUUGGCUUAGAGUAUAAGAAGAUACAUGCUUGUCCGAAUGACUGCGUGCUAUAUAGGAAUGAAUAUGACAAUUUCGAUAAGUGUCCACGGUGCGAGAUGUCACGAUAUAAGCAUGAAGGAGAUGAAGAUAAGAAAGAGCCCCCAACUAAGGUAUUGUGGUAUCUUCCAAUAAUUCCUAGAUUCAAGCGCUUAUUUUCCAUAAAGAAAGAUGCAAAAUAUUUGAGAUGGCAUGCAAAUAGAAGGGAGAAAGAUGGUUUGUUGAAACAUCCGGCGGAUUCUCUUGAGUGGAAUAGUAUUAAUAGGUUGCAUAAGCCAUUUGGGGAUGAAGAUCGUAAUUUGAGGCUUGGGCUAUGUACAGAUGGAAUGAAUCCGUCGAAAGUUUGA